UUCCCGUUGAAGCUGCGCAGUCGCCACCGUUUGCUGACGGUAUAUAAAUUUUGACAAAAGAAAGAUUUCGGUUUAAACGAAUUUUGGCAAUGUGACAACCACAGCCAGACCAGAUCAGACCAGACCAAUAGACCAAGAAAGUUGUUGAAAGCGGCAGAGAAGCAAAAAGUGAUGAAGUGUACGAAGGUGUUGAAAGUGUUGCCAGCUUCGAUGCUGUUGUUGUUGUCUUUGUUGUUGCCAUCGAUGGUUACGGCCUUUGGCAAUGAGUAUGUGCACAUUAAGGUGCAUGUGCCAAAGGAUCAGGCACCGAGCAUUGCCCUCGAUGCGGAACCAAUUGCUCCCCACAAGGUAAUCCAUCACUUUCACCAUCAUGGGCCGCCGCCGCAUCAGAGAUCACGUGGUCGGGCACCGCCAAAGCAGAAGCCAAGUCCGUUGCUGGAGAGUGUGAUACUGUCCGACUUGGAUAAGCCGCUGCACAUGAGCGAGCAUGCGGAUUAUCUAAAUCAUGCCAAGGAACUGGCCGAGCAUCUCAGUGAAACAUAUGUGGUGAAGAAGCCACCGCCACCACCAUCACAGCCCAAAAAGAAGGUGAACACCUACACAAUUAUCGAGGAGAAGCAUCGACCCGCAAGCUUUGAUUACGAAUCUCGGCCGGAGCAUGGUGUGGACACCUAUCGGGUAAUUGACAGUCGCCCACAGCAUCAUCAUCACAAGCAUUAUGAGCAUCAUGAGCAUCAUCAGCACGACGAGGAUGAUGAUGAUGUGGGCUAUCGUUAUCCCGCUCCUGAACGCCUUCAUCGGCAUAAGAGCUCCUCAUCCUCAUCGUACCUAAGUGGAGCGUACGCGGAGCCAGCACCGGUUGAGGAGCACGCAGAUUUGGAUCAGGGUUACAGCUAUACGCCACCAUCGUAUGCCACCGCCAAAUCUGCACGUUCGCCCACCCACACGCUGGAGGCGCCCGAAGAAUCCCCCCUAGACACACAGUAUCAAUACGACUAUGGAGCAAGCGGCAGUACCAGCGGCUUUCGUCCAUCGCCCCAGCUCCUCAGUCAGACGGAUGUGUAUGAGGAUGACGUUGAACCAUAUGCGGGUCCAGUGCCAACUCGACGUCGUCGUCCCAGUUCCUCGGAUUGGUCCAGUCGUUCCAGCUACAACAGCGGAGUCGAUAGCUACAACAUUGGUCACAUCCGGGGAUUGGGUAGUAGCGGGUAUCAACAUUCCGGACCCUACCUAUAAAGGAGCUACUCCAAACUAAUUAUUAUCCUUAUUUAUUGCAAUUUUUUUUUAUAGCUAUAAGUCAAUUAAAGAUGC